AUGUUAGGCGGAGUUAGGCUAGGUAGGGACAACGGAGGCAGAAGUGCGGCGAUGUUAGGCGGAGUUAGUCGAAGGAGGAAGAGGAUGGCCGAGGGCUCGGGGAAGUUGGACGAAAACAAAACCCCAGUUAGAGUAACCACGGCGAAGUACGCCGUAGUUACACCCCUUUCGACGUCUGCGCCCUCCCGGUUGGGUGAGACAUCGAUCAAGAAGGAUCAAGUUAGCCGAGGUUCGUCGACCGUCGGUCUAUUAGGAAGUAGUUGCUCGACGGCUGUGACAGUAUCAAGGAUCGCUCUUACCGACGACCCGGACGGGGAUAGGAUGGAGGAGAACGAGAGGAGGGCACUGGAGGAGCUUAGCAGAGCAAUGGGGCAGCAGCUUGGAGCGGAGGAUAGUGUGGGGGGAUCAAUUCAAGGAGAUGAGUUCGUUCCACCAUUUCCGUCUAAUCCUCCUACCCCUUCGGGUAAUGCCCUCCCACCCAUAGGAUCCCCAGUUGAAUCGGAUCAAACCCCGCGGCCAGAAAACACUGGGAGUACGGCGAACUUGGGAGAAGGAGGUACACAAGGGGUGAUAUUGGCCUUGAUGCAGAUGGUGGCGAAUAUGAACAAAGACAUGAUGGAAGAGAGGAGGCGUAGGGAAGAGUGGGAGCAGAGAAGAGAAAGGGAGACGAGAGUGGAGAGGAGAGAGGAGAAAAGAGGGGAGGGGAGGCAAACUUCGGCGCAGUCUGCGGUACAAGCGAAUAUUACGUCGACGCAGGUCAAGAACAUUCCGUCGAAUGCCGACGAACUUCGCCGACAAUGGCCUAGGCCACCUCCCGAACUGUGGGAGGCAAGGAAGAAGGAAGGGAAGUGUACUGAGUGCGGGGAGAGGGGACAUUGGUUGAGGGAUUGCCCGGUGAGGGCAGCGAAGGUAAAGGUCGGAUGGUUGCCUCCGUGGGGGGAGAAGUUCGGCGAACGUGGUGGAGGAUCGGGGGGUAACGCAGUACCUCUGGGACAGAGGAGGAACUUGAACGCAGUUGGGGGAGAUGGAGAGAUGGGAGAGGACCAGGGAAAAGAGGAGGACCUGUCGCAGUAG